UCGGAAGUGCGAGCUGGUACCGUGGCGGGACGAGGUAUCCGGGCGGCGUGCGCGGCCGCGUGGGCCAUGGGGCGUCGCUCCCGGAAUCGACGGCUGCAGCAGCAGCAGCAGCAGCAGCAGCAGCAGCAGCAGCAGCAGCAGCGAUCUGAAGGCGAGGAGAACGGCGGCCAGGAUGGCCGGAGACGCAACAACGCGGGCUGGGAAGGCGGCUACCCCGAGAUCGUCAAGGAGAACAAGCUGUUCGAGCAUUACUACCAGGAGCUCAAGAUCGUGCCCGAGGGCGAGUGGGACCAGUUCAUGGAAGCUCUCCGGGAGCCCCUCCCGGCCACGCUGCGAAUUACGGGCUACAAAAGCCACGCAAAGGAGAUUCUCCAUUGCUUGAAGAAUAAGUAUUUCAAGGAAUUGGAGAAUCUGGAGGUAGACGGUCAGAAGGUCGAACUUCCACAGCCCCUGAGCUGGUAUCCUGAAGAACUAGCCUGGCACACCAACUUGAGUCGGAAAAUCCUGCGAAAGUCCCCUCAGUUGGAAAAGUUCCACCAGUUUCUCGUUAGCGAAACCGAGUCUGGCAACAUUAGCCGCCAGGAAGCCGUCAGCAUGAUCCCGCCCCUGCUGCUCAAUGCUCACCCUCACCAUAAGAUCUUGGACAUGUGUGCGGCUCCUGGCUCCAAGACCACCCAGUUGAUCGAGAUGCUGCAUGCAGACAUGAAUGUGCCCUUCCCAGAGGGCUUCGUCAUUGCCAAUGACGUGGACAACAAGCGCUGCUACCUGCUGGUGCACCAGGCCAAGAGGCUUGGCAGCCCAUGCAUCAUGGUGGUCAACCAUGACGCAGCUUGUAUCCCCCGGCUCAGCAUUGACGUGGGUGGCCGCAAGGAGACGCUCUUCUACGACCGCAUCCUCUGUGAUGUGCCUUGCAGUGGAGAUGGCACCAUGAGGAAGAACAUCGAUGUCUGGAGAAAAUGGUCCACCAUGAACAGCCUGCAGCUGCAUGGCUUGCAGCUCCGCAUUGCCACGCGGGGUGCUGAGCAGCUGGUGGAAGGAGGCCGGAUGGUGUACUCAACCUGUUCACUCAACCCUAUCGAGGAUGAGGCCGUUAUAGCUUCUCUGCUGGACAAGAGCGAAGGAGCCUUGGAGCUGGUGGAUGUGUCCUCCGAGUUGCCAGGGCUGCGCUGGAUGCCGGGACUCACGCACUGGAAGGUGAUGACCAAAGAUGGACAGUGGUUUGCGGAGUGGGCUGAUGUACCCCAGAGCCGGCACACGCAGAUCCGACCCACCAUGUUUCCCCCGAGCCCCCCUGAACAGCUGCAGUCUCUGCACCUGGAGCGCUGCCUCCGGAUCCUGCCGCAUCAUCAGAACACUGGUGGCUUCUUUGUGGCGGUGCUGGUGAAGAAGGCUGCCAUGCCCUGGAGUGGGCGCCAGCGCAAUGUGCAGGGCAGAGCCAGUGAGCCCAGGGCCUCUGUCCAGCCAUGCCCUGCAGAGCCCACGGGAGAUGGUGCCACAGGCCCCUCGGAGCAGGAGCCAAAGCCGGAGACUGGGAUGGGAGAGACGGACGUUUUGGAGAGCAACGAGAACAAGAGAGACGGGGUGUGUGGCCCUCCCCCGUCCAAGAAAAUGAAGCUAUUUGGGUUUAAAGAAGACCCUUUCGUGUUCAUUCCCGAGGACGACCCACUGUUCCCACCCAUCCAAAAAUUCUACGCCUUGGACCCGUCGUUCCCGAAGACAAAUCUGCUGACACGGACCACGGAAGGCAAGAAGCGGCAGCUCUACAUGGUGUCCAAAGAGCUGCGCAAUGUGCUGCUCAACAACAGUGAGAAGAUGAAGGUCAUCAACACCGGGAUCAAAGUGUGGUGCCGGAACAACUGCGGGGAGGACUUCGAUUGCGCCUUCCGCUUGGCCCAGGAGGGGAUCUACACGCUGUUUCCCUUCAUCAAUUCGAGGAUUGUCCGUGUGUCCCUCGAAGACGUGAAGGUUCUGCUCACUCAGGAAAACCCCUUUUUUCGCAAAUUGAGCAGCGAGGCGCAUAGACAAGUCAAGGACCUGGCCAAGGGGAGCAUCGUGCUGAAGUACGAGCCAGAUCCCACGAGGCCAGACACCCUGCAGUGCCCCAUUGUGCUGUGCGGCUGGCGCGGGAAGACGUCAGUGCGCACCUUUGUGCCCAAGAACGAGCGCCUGCACUACCUCCGCAUGAUGGGGCUCGAGGGUGCAGCUGAUGUGCAGGCUGAGGGCAGCGAAGAGAACAAGGCCAGCGAAGAGAACAAGGCCAGCAAUGACCCGGUGGCCAGCCCGGCCCCCACACAGGAGCCCGAGGUCCCCACAGAUGCCCCUGCCAUGGACAUGCCCACUGUGGACAAUCCCACUGUGGCCACCUCCAAGGCUGGUGCUGCCUCGAACACUGCCCCGGACAACCCCACGAACACUGCCUUGCCCCGGUGAGCCCGCUGGGAUUCUGCAUCAGAGCCAGCCAGGCUCAGAGUCUCUGCCAGACAUUUCUAAGGAAUGAGAUGCAAAGUGGCCACCGGCCACCGCUGCUUUCUUAGGGAGCUUCCGCUAAAGGAUUUUAUUUAGCUCAGUACAAGUUCUCAUUUCGUUUUUUUUUGUUGUUGUUUGUUUAAAAAAAUUGGGGGUGGCUGGAGCGA